AUGGGAAGGGUUCGCAGCUACGAGCCCACGCCAGUCACACCACCAGCAAAUGUGCAGCUGACAGACUUCACUUUCAAGCUCAUCCAAGUGGAGCUUGGGGACGCUAGCAAGAGCAACUUCAACGAGAAGUACAAAGUGAAGAUCCCAGUGCACAUCCGGAGCCGGUACUCUGAUGAUGUGGUCUUCGGAAGUGAAUGGCGUGAGCUCUUGAAUGAUUUUGACAAGAAGUUCAGCACCAAGUUCUCCGGGCCACUCACGCCUGUGCCAACACCAAAGGAGACGGUUCCAGAGAAGCCUGCUUGGGUGGGUGAGCCAGGCACCGUACAGGAGCUCAUCAACAAAUUCAACAUCGAAGUCAAGCUCAGUGGCCGAACACCAGGAACCACCCUGUAUGUGGUUGGAAGCCGGGAUCGGUCAGGAAAACAAGAAAAUGUUGAGGACCGGCAGGAGUUUAAGCUGUAUAUGGGAGCGCAUAUGCCUGUGGAGAUUGAGCCCAAUGACUUUAUCCUGGCGCACGGGGCAUCACGCUUUCUCAAAGUGGAGAAGUACCAGGAUUUGAAGCGAAAGGGAAAUACAGGAGCCUUCUCUUGCCUUCUAAUGUAA